GGUCGAACCGCCUCUGCGUGUCUACUCUCUACUUCCGCUCUCCCUCGAAUAAUGAAUUCACAUUUUCCUGCGUCUCUGCUACAUAAUUCUAUUUGAAAAUUCUUUUUGAAGGCUAUUAUGCACUAUAUACACCCCAUCCACGUGCCCGUGCGAGACUUCGAUCAAUUUUCUCAGCGAGGUUCCGAGCUUUCUGAGGUACUUCCGCACAUAUGACUCACUGAUUUCACCAUCUCUCUCUCACGAUUGCUCCGUUCAUUGCCUUAAAUUUCUUUUCGAGGAGGGGAAAAAGCCGUAGUUUCUGACGAAGAAGACGAGGUCGAAGAGGAGGAUGACAGGGUGCCCGUUGACGUGGAUGCAGUCCUUGAGGUCGAUGAUGAUGAAGAAGACGGUACUCACUUUCGUGGUGUUAUUUAGGGCUGAACUUUCUGAAACUCGGGAUUCUGGGUUUCAUUUGCGUUUUCUUUUGGUGAAUUUGCUGGGGUGGUUUACUGGAUUGAUUAGUGGGUUGGGAUUCCAAGUCCCCAAAUUGCGGUCCGUUUGUUUGCAUGGAGAUUGGAGAGUAACAAUGAUUUCUGGGGAAGAUUUUUUUAUUCUUUCUUUAAUGGAGUAUGUUCGGUUGACGAGAAUGGAAAUUUUAUUUUAUUUUUGUCUCGGGUUUGAAUUUUAUUUAUCAGUCCCAGUCGUCAUAACUCUCAAAGUUUAUGUUUAUGAUGGAGUUUAUGCUCACAAGGACACAGUAGAAGGUGCAAAGGAGCACACGGACAUCACAAGUUUACUUCGUAUCGGGGAGACAUUGAAAACUAGGGAGGACACGUUUACGAGGUCAGUCGCUGCCAGGGUGCCAAUGCGAAGCCCUUCAACUGGGGGCAGUUCGGGGGCAUCCAUGGGUAUUGGCUGGGGUGGUCCAACAAAGGAGGAUAAUUGGAGAAAGUCCAGGGAUCGUACUUCUACUCCUGGUUCAAGAACAGGUCAACUCUGCAGAAACAUAAGAUGACAAAAUGAUCACAGAAAUGGCAGUGGCUGAGAUGGACAUCCCAGUGGGUUGCCUAGGCCAUAUGGUGGGCGUGGUCGAGGCUCAUAUAACAGUAGCAGAGGAAGUAAUUCCAGCAAUGAGACAUGAUUCCGGUUAUGAUGAUACUAAAUGGGAUUCAGCUUUCAAGGAUGGGGAAGAUGGUUGGGGUGAUCUUCCAGGUGGUAAAAUUCAAAGUCACCUGGCAGGGAGGCCUUCCCAGGUGGUUGGGGGCACCAGGGGAAGCGACAGAGGUGGUAGUAGUUGGGGUGGUGAUGGAGCUAGUGGUGGUGGCAGAGGACAUUGGAGUGGUGUGGCGUGCCAGUGCAAAUGAUGCUGCUCCUGAUGACAGGGUUGAGGAACGGCUCCUAAGAGAAGUUCUUUAGAGUCCCAACAGAUAAUGGCUGGUCUGGAAGAAGUCACGGUGGUUGAUGAACCGUGAAGCCACAUAAACUCUAGUACAGCUUCCUUUUCAGGUCUCCCAUUUCCAUCCAACUAGCAUCCCAUGUUUUCAAAUGGCAACCAUAGCGGCCUUUAAAGUAAGACUCAUUUUGGAACUUUCCUGGCGUCGAGUAAAUUAAGGAAUUCAUUGUAAUGACCAAUACUGGACGCUUUAUAUGUAGUUCAUUUAAAUUAUAAUUUCGUAGUAAAAUGAUCUUUUCUCAA